AUGGCGUUCAGCGCAGAACAUCUCCAGCUCUGGCUGGGGAUACUAGCAGCGUCCGGUAUCCUCUACACAACAUGUGUGGUCGUCUACCGCCUCUUUUUCCACCCAUUGGCCAAGUACCCAGGCCCGUUCCUGGCGAAGCUGACCGAUGCCUACAUGCUCUACUUUGCCUGGCGUGGUGACCGGCACCUCGAGUUCUGGCGCAUGCAUGAAAAAUACGGCAAAUUUGUGCGCUUCGGACCCAACGCACUCUCAGUCAACUCCAACACGGCGCUCAAGGACAUCUAUGGUUUCCGCGCCAACGUUCGCAAGGCCGAAUUCUAUGACGCCUUUGUGCAUCCGGCCCCCAACACCCACAAUGCCCGCGACAAGGACCUGCACGCCCGCAAGCGCCGCGUCCUGUCGCACGCCUUCUCGGACGGCGCCAUCAAGGAAGUCGAGCGCUACAUCCUGGCCAACAUCCGCACCUUUUGCGAAGGCAUCGGCGACUAUGGGCGUGCGAUCCACGAGCGUAAGGGAUGGAGUGCACCCAAGAAUAUGGCCGACUGGUGCAACUGGCUAGCCAUGGACAUCCUGGGCGAUCUCUGCUUCGGAAAGGCCUUCCACAUGCUUGACCGUCCGGAUAACCGGUACGCUGUCGACUUGGUGGGUGUGGCUGCUCAGCGACAUCUGCUUUGCGGCACCAUGCCCAUAGUCAACAAACUCUCCCUCGACAAAAUCCUCUUCCACAAAAUCGCCGCCGGCCGCGCCAAAUACAUGGCCUACAGCCGGGCCCAACUCACCGAGCGCACCGCCCUCGGCGACGAAACCGACCGCCGCGACUUCUUCUACCACCUCCUCAAAGCGCGCGACCCGCAAACCGGCCAGGGCUUCACCACCCCCGAACUCUGGGGCGAAUCCAACCUCCUCAUCAUCGCCGGCUCCGACACCACCUCCACCGCCAUGGCCGCCACCCUCUUCUACCUCGUCCGCCACCCGGCCUGUCUCGCCCGCGCCACCGCCGAAGUCCGCGCUCAGUUCGCCAACCUGGAAGAUAUCCACCAAGGCGCGCCGCUGCAGCAGGGAUGCGGGUACCUCCGCGCGUGUAUCGAUGAAGCCAUGCGUCUGUCCCCUUCCGUCGGCGGCCUGCUCCCGCGGGAGGUGCUGGCUGGUGGGAUCACCAUUGACGGCGAGCGCGUGCCCGAGGGCAUGGUCGUCGGCACCCCGCACUACACCAUCCACCAUAACGCGGCCUACUACCCGGAGCCGUUUGCCUACCGUCCGGACCGGUGGCUUCUGGCCGGCGAGAAAACCCCGCAGGGCAUGGGUGGUGUGAGCGAAGAGCAAGUGGCGCUUGCGCAGAGCGCGUUUUGUCCCUUUUCGAUCGGCCCGCGGGGGUGUAUUGGGAAGGGGCUGGCGUAUGUGGAGAUGAGUAUUACGCUGGCGAGGGUGUUGUUUAUGUAUGAUAUUCGGAGGGCGGUGAGUGUAGGUGAUCCUGGGGAGGGUGGGUUGAAGGGGGCGGUUUGGGGACGGGAGAAGGUCGGGGAGUAUCAGUUGAGGGAUACUUUUACGAGUUUGAAGGAUGGGCCGAUGGUGGAGUUUCGGAGGAGGGAGUUGUAG